UCGUUUUUGUUUCCGUUUGUGUACCGAGAGUCAGCGAUGAGAGCGUGUGGAACCACACAACACUGAGCCAUAGUAUCUGGAUAAUCAGUUUCAACGCAAACUCCCUCGAUCGUGAGUGUGUAAUCGGGACAGAAAUGUAAACGCUAAUGAAUGUCGAUCGAGCUGCGGUGGAAGGAAGAUCGUUUAAGCGCCGUUCAGUGUUUCAGGGGAGACGUGACGUGUCUGAUGAGCUAAUUAUGGCGACUAAAGACAAAACAACCACGUAGUUCCGCGUGUUAAUUACAAGUCCAACCCUUCCUGUCUCUCACGGUGAGACAGCACCGAUUGUUACAUUCGACAAACUUGUAAGCAAGUAUGUUUGAACUGCCUCUCGUUCGACGUUAUAGCUCAAGUUAACGUCCACGGAAACGCAGUCUGCCACGAAACUAAUGCUGUAGGUUAGCUAACGUUACGUAGCACAAGUUUUACAUGCCGACUACUUAUAUUCAUAUAUUUAAUUUGAACCUAACACGGAUGUAUACAUGGUGAUAAUGCUGUUUACCCAUCAGUUAAUGUCACCGCAGCUGCCACGCGCGCUCCUUUCUUCAUUGUUUACUCAAUAAACGUUAUGACUGAAGGAAUAACACUUUCGUCUGAGCAGUUUUCAUAACUUCAUAACAAGGCACCAUUGACUUUGCAAGGACAAAUAUGAUAUGGAGAUUCCUUCAAAAUGAUUCCUUCAAACUGUCAGUUUAUGACUUUGUUUAUUUCUGUUUCCCAAAAUCCAGAAGAAGACUCCUAUCUUCAAAUUUUAGUUUUUCAGCAUCGGUUGUUUUAGGUUAAGAUAUCCUGUGUUUAUCGUGUGUUUUUAACAGCUCUGUGGCAGACCGUGAACAGGUCUGCCUUGUUUAAUCAGCAGUACACUUAAAGCAAGCUCCUGUUAUUGUCCUUACACACACACACACACACACACACACACACACCUCCCAUCCCUAGGUAUUUACUUUAAAAAGGCUUUCUCUACAGACUGUCAGCAUUUUCUCUUGUAAUGACAUAUGGAGCUUAUAGCCUUGUCAUACUUAUAGUGUGAACGUUACAGCAGCUCAUACAUGUACAAAGUAGAACAAGGAGCACAUUUUAAGGGAUAAAAUGAAAACCAAAGUCUUGUUUCUUUGUUCUACUGUUGCUCUCUUAUCAUGCAAUACAUAAAUAAACACAUGGAUAUAUAUAUACAACAACAAGCACAGGCACAUAUCUCUUACAGGGUGAAGAUCAUAACAGAAAUUACACAAAGAUGGCAGGGGGGAAACCAUUUCAUGUUACACAGAAUCUCUUUCCCUGUAGUUCCCCAACACUGCAUAUCUUUCAUUCAUUAUGUAUCACUGUGUCUGUGGGUGACUGUGUCAUUUGUUGUUGCAGAGAGAUGAGUCAGGCAGAGCAGGUGCCUGAGGACAUGCCUGCAUACCUCAAUGAUGAGCCAGUGGCUGCAGAUGACGCCAACAAGGACCAUCCACAGGCGCAGCCGGGCAUGUUCGGCAGGUUGGCGGGGGGCUUGUAUGGUGCCACCAAGGGAGCUUUAGGAGCGACUGUGGGCGGUGUGACGUGGAUAGGAGGAAAGAGUCUGGACCUCACCAAGACCACGGUCAGCUCUGUAGCCGCUCUGCCUGGGAUUGGAGUGGGUCUAGUUAAAGGAGGAGUGUGUGCUGUAGCCGGAGGAGUGUGUGCUGUAGCCGGAGGAGUGACUGCUGUUGGUUCCGCGGUGGUCAGCAGAGUUCCCAUAGGAGGAGGCAAAAAGAAGGACAAGUCUGACUGACGGAGAGAGGAGAAGAGUGAACGCACACAGCUGAGGUGUUAUGGCUCACGUUGUUUCCUGUGUCAGCAGUCAUGAGCAGGAAAAGAGCAGCAGAGGACUCACAAGUUUAGUGUACACAUUUUUGGUAACGGGAGUCUUUGUUUCUUUUCUUUAGUUUCUCUUCUUUAAUGUGAUUGUUGGUAAACCCAUGUUCAUAUACUUAAGUAGCUAGGACCCACAACGCAUGAACUAACAAAGACUCUCCUGCUCUGUUGUUAAAGGCAACGCACUAUUAUCACCAGUGCCUGAAAUUGUUCAGAUAUAAUGUCCAUGUUUCAAUUUUUGAUAGAAAGUGUUUUUUACUGUUGUACUUGCUGCAAAAGUUAACUUUACUACCAGAGAAGAAAAGCUCCUAAAGAGUGUAAAUGUGCUUAAAUUUCACUUGCAAGACAAUCAUUGAUCAACUGUGAUCUGUAAGUGACAAAGAGGUGUUUCACUGUCAACUGACAUGGAUCAGAAAAUCUGUACAUUGUGACUAAAUCUGCAUUUAGUUAAUCGACCUCUGUUCAGCUUGCACAAAUGAACAAACACAUGUGAUCGAAGCUGUGAUCUUUAAAGUCGAGUCCAGUUUAAUAUCUAAACCGUGGACUGUGGAUAUUUCACUGGUGAACUUUUGUGACAGUUCCAGUUUUUCCUCUGAAUUCACAUUGCCCUCUUGUGGUUAUAUUGUCACCUCAGUGGAAAGUGACUCAUACUUUUGAUACAGAAUCCAAAUUAUUACAAUAAAUAUUGUAUUUUCAUUGCAAUUAACUUAACUUCCAGUUGUAAUGUUUAUUGAUUCACUAUGAAUAACAUUUUAUACACGACAUAUUUUUCACACAACUAUAUAUUUUGAUAGUUACUGUGAUAUGUUGCUUAUUGUCACUCUCAAAUCCAAGUAUGUCAACAUCUAUCCUUUGGGCACAGAUGCUUCAUUAUGGCAUAAAUCUCUCACAAUGUGUCAAAGCAUUACUUCUCAACCCGAACGUUCCCCUAAUGCUUCUCCAUGUUGCUCAGCGAAUCUGAAGGCUGGAGUUUCGACAUUACAUUCUGAGUUUCAAGUGUCAAGUGCAGCUGAGAAACCUGGAUCAGGCUACAUAUAAUGAAACCAUAAACUGUAAAAUGCCAUUCGAGUCUUACAUGUUACAGAACUACGCUUUCAAAGCUUUUGUUUAAUCAGUGUUGCAGGAUGUUUGAAAGUUUAUUGAACAAUGAGAACACGGUAACAUUCAGGACUUGUUUAAAUAAAACAUAUGCUGAAGGCUGUA